CCCGAUGUUUAUCCAAAGAAGCACGCGAUGUUGAGGGUAGAGGCAAGCGUGUACCAGUGAUUAGUGUAACGUUCAAAGAGAAGCGUUUCACAUCCUUCUCAACAACCCAAUUUUUUCUACAACAGAAAGCCAUUUCCCUUUCCCUUCUGCAACGUCCACUCUCUCUCUCUCCUUCAAUCCUACUCUUUAUCUCAUCUUUUUCUCUACAAUUUGUUUUACUUCCCUCACUUUCCAGAGAAAAUAUAACAGAAAUCCAGAAACGAAAAUGCUCUCUGGACUAAAUGGCAGUGUCUGGACGGAAGAUAAAGAAGCGCAAGAAUCCACCGCAAACAACAAUAACAUUAGCAAUAGCUGUGAUGUGAUGGAGAGCAAGGAAGAGAUGGGUUCCCUUUCUACCUUCAAAUCCAUGCUCGAAGUAGAAGAAGACUGGUACGUUACAAAUAGUACUAUCCACAAUCAUCAAGAUACCAUCAGAGAUAUCACAUUUUCACCAAAUCUUACUGACCCUGAUAAUCUGUUGCUUCACCCUGUGGAUUCCUCCUCUUCUUGCUCACCAAACUCCUCUGUUUUCAACAAUCUAGACCCAUCUCAGGUGCACUAUUUUAUGCACUCAAAGCCUACCUUAUCUUCACUCCUUAACGUAGUCUCUAACCCUUUAGAGCAUGAUUUUGAUUUGGGCGAAAUUGGGUUCCUUGAGAAUCAGGCAACUACUACUACAACCACAAAUGCCUCACCUUUGCUAAACAGGGGAGGCGGAGUCUUAGGCAACUACACAGAUUUGAGCCCAAAUAAUCUGCUUAGCACUUCUAAUUUAUGCUCUGAUCCACUCUUUUCAACUACUCGCACGCUCCAAUUGCCCGAAAGCGGUUCAGGGUUUACAGGAUUUAGGGCUUUUGUUGAGAACUCGGGGAAUACGUUGUUUUUGAAUAGGUCCAAGUUGUUGAGGCCUCUUGAAACUUUCCCUUCAAUGGGAGCACAACCUACUUUGUUUCAAAAGAGAGCAGCUUUGAGGAAGAAUUUGACUGAUAAUGGAAGCAAUUUGGGGGUUUUGAGUGGGAUUGAGAUUGAUAAAGGAAAGAGAGAAAUGACUCAGUUGGGCGAAGAGAAUGAGAAGAAGAGAAAAUUGGGUAACUUAGAUGACACUGUGGAGGAUGUAAGCAUUGAUGGGUCGGGUUUGAAUUAUGAUUCUGAUGAGUUAACGGAGAAUAUUAAAAUGGAGGAGAUUGGUAAAAAUGGAGGGAAUAGCUCAAAUGCAAAUAGCAGUGUCACUGGCGGUGGUGUUGGAGAUCAGAGGGGGAAGAAGAAGGGGCUCCCUGCUAAGAAUUUGAUGGCAGAAAGGAGGCGCCGGAAGAAGCUCAAUGAUAGGCUGUACAUGCUAAGGUCUGUAGUCCCAAAGAUAAGCAAGAUGGAUAGGGCAUCAAUCCUUGGGGAUGCAAUUGAGUACUUGAAGGAACUUCUGCAAAGGAUCAAUGACCUCCAUAACGAAUUGGAGUCAACUCCUCCUGGCUCUUCAUUGACACCCACAAGUUUUCACCCCUUGACACCCACUCCAUCAACCCUGCCGAGCCGUAUCAAGGAUAAGCUUUGUCCCAGCUCAUUGCCAAGUCCAAAUAGUCAACCAGCAAGGGUUGAAGUCAGAGUGAGAGACGGAAGAGCUGUAAACAUUCAUAUGUUUUGUAGUCGCAGACCAGGUCUCCUGCUCUCUACCAUGAGGGCCUUGGAUAACCUUGGCCUAGACAUCCAGCAAGCUGUCAUCAGUUGUUUCAAUGGUUUUGCCAUGGAUAUCUUCCGAGCUGAGCAAAGCAGAGAAGGGCAGGAUGUGCAUCCUGAGCAAAUUAAAGCUGUACUCCUGGAUUCAGCAGGUUUCCAUGGAAUAAUUUAGCAGUCUUAGAACCUGGAACUUCAAGUAUUCUUUCAGAAAGCAUAAGGUUAUAUGCAGUAGCUAUCUUCUUUCUCAUGCCAAGGGGUCUUUUGUAAUAUCAAAUAUAGUCGUUUGCCACCAAGAGUUCUUUAGAAGAAUCAGAAUUCUGUAAUUUUCUGCUUGUUUUAAGCUUUUAAAUGAAAAGCCCUUAAUUCUGUUAUUGAAA